GAUGAAGAUACCCAACCAUCAACAACAACAAGCAUCAAUCACUAUCAACGGGAGAAACCUCAAGGAAGUGGUCUCUUUCACCUACCAUCUAGGCAGCAUCAUUUCAACUACAGGUGGGGGUGGCACAGAUGAAGAUGUCAAAGCCAGGAUCGAAAGACAGCAAGACAGGCCUUCAUUAAACUGAAAUCAGUGUCGAGGUCUACUGCACUCAGCAUAAGGCAUGAACAAGAUCUGGAUUUUCAACACUAAUUCAGUCAAGUAAGUCAGUGCUUCUUUGUAAUGGUUGAGAGGCUUGGCGCGUUACGGAAAGCAUUUCCAACAAACUACAGACAUUCAUCAACAGUUGCCGCCUACACUCACUCGUUACUGAAUCUCGAUCAGAUGGCCAGAAUAAUAAGAAAAAGCGACCAGGAACUCUGGCUGGCUGGCAAUGAACCAACCCAGGGCCUAUCUCCCAACAAAGACGCAUAAGAAAGUGGAGAUGGAGUGGGCAUACAACUCGAGGAUAUCACGCACCAGGCUCUCGAGUGAAAGGCAGGUGGAAAACGAGGAGUUGGGCGUCCGAGGGUGAUAUGGAGGAGAUCAUGUGAUGAAGAAGUAAAAGUUUAUAUGCUGUCGUGGAGCGAGUUUCUUCAACUCGCGAAACGACCCACUCUAAACAUCCACGCCAUGAGUUGUAAAUGUUUACCUCCAUUCUUAUCAUAGAUAAGUCACGUACAAAGAUAUGAGUUAAUGGUUAUCUAGUCUUUUAAUGGCAAAUAGCUUAAUUUGGCGAAAAUAUGUGUUUCCAGUAAUCGCUUCACUAGGCAGUAAUGUCACAUUUUAAUUAUCUUUAUAACGAACAAGUCCAUAGGCGUCAUACUGCAGUGCCAUAGAUAUUCAAAAUUGUAUAAAUUAUGAUUUACUCAGUAACUGUGGUUUUAAUUUUCCACGCUUUAAUGCAAAAAUUUAAAUUUGAGUAUAACUCAUUCAACUUUUUUUUUACUUUCCAACAUAGAACAAGACUAUUCUUGUCUAUGGAGUUCAUUUUCCGUCUACAGGUAUGGAUUUUUCUGUUUGUCAUGCUUCAAAAUGUCAGGUUAUUUCUGACAAAACAAAGUGGUGCACGACGUUCAGAUCAGUUAUGGUUUACUCUGUUCACGAAUCCCCUCUAAAUAUCAGAAUUGGCGAUAAUCUAAGGGACAAGGUUGAUAUAUUUGGUAAAUGCGGAUCUAAACUAUGUCCCAGAUCAUCAGAAAAAUUAUGUUUUAAAUUACUUCGUGAAGAAUACAAAUUUUACUUGAGUUUUGAAAAUAGUCUAUGCAAAUAUUAUGUGACGGAAAAAUUCUACCUAAAUGCACUACAGAAUGAUGUUAUUCCUAUUGUGAUGGGAGCAUCAAUUGAAGAAUAUCAAUCGCUAGCACCGCCAUACUCCUUUAUCCAUGUCGAUCAAUUCGAAUCACCUUUUAAACUUGCCGAAUACCUAAAGUACCUAGAUGGAAACGAUACAGCAUAUAACGAAUACUUUGCUUGGCGUGAACAUGGAGAAGUGAAAAACUGGCAUGGUGAUCCUCACUGUGAAAUAUGUUUAUUGGCUCAUACAGUUCAAUACCUCCAUCCAUCUUGGGUUUCAGAUGUAUCUAGUUGGUGGAAUGAUGCAUGUAAAGAUCGACGUCUUCGCUGGGAUCCAUCUACUUUUCAUUCUGAUUAGGAUUGUCUCUAUCUUUCUUUUUAUCUUCAUAAUUUCUAUGAUGAUUAUGCUAACAGGCUUGUUUCUUUCAGUUUCUGUUGCUCAUGUGGAAUAUUAUUUUAACUUAAAGUGAUAGUAAGCACCACCGAAAAGAAAUUCUUAUACUUUUUUUAGUAAUCACCUAAUAUCUCUAUUGUUUGCAAUAUACUUCAAAUCCUGUGAUGAGCUGGAGAUUAUGAACAGUGAUUUACAUUUCAAAAGAAACAUCAUUUUUUGUACAAAAUAUAGUUACUUUUUGAAAGCAAGUAGUGAUGCCUUUCUUUCUUAAACUUUAGCUCAUUUUCUGAAAAGAUAUUUUUUUAUUC